CUCCUACUGUGGAGCUUGGUUGUGCUUGGCCACCCGCAGGUAUCGAGCCUAUUUACCCUUUUGAGUUGCCUCUUCUUAACACUAUUCUGCUUUUAUCUUCGGGGGCUUCUGUAACUUGGUCUCACCAUGCUCUUAUUGCUGGGGACCGUAAAGGGUCGAUACUUGGUCUGGUAGUUACUCUUAUCUUUGCUGUAAUUUUUACAGGAAUUCAAGCAUAUGAGUACUAUAAUGCAGGGUUCACGAUUAGCGAUG